UGUGUGUUGCAGCGGCAAUACAAGUGUUUUCUGGUGAAUCUUAUACAUCGUUUAAUGAUAAAGUAAAUAAUUUGAUUGAGCUCUUAACUCCACACGGCUGAGUGGUUCACUGAAGUCAAACAUGGAUAUUCCCAGUCCUCCCGAAGAUCAAGAGCUGCGGAAUGUGAUUGAUAAGCUGGCCCAGUUUGUUGCUCGAAAUGGCCCAGAAUUUGAAAAGAUGACCAUGGAAAAACAGAAGGACAACCCUAAAUUCUCCUUCCUUUUUGGGGGCGAAUACUUCAGCUACUACAAGUACAAGCUUGCUAUGGAGCAACAGCAGCAUCCCUCUACCCGCGAUGGGGAGGAGUAUAAAUCUGAAGAAAUAUACAACCCUGGUGCCAAAGAUGUGGUUGAUAUCCCUCCUCCACCAAUGCCGAUGAUUGCUCCACCUCAAAUACCUCCACCUGCUGCGCCCUCUAUUGAUGAACUUAUCCAACAGAGCCAGUGGAAUCUGCAGCAGCAGGAGCAGCAUCUGCACACGCUCAGACAGGAACAGGUAACUGCAGCCAUUGCUUUAGCUAUGGAGCAGCAGACCCAAAAGCUUCUGCUGGAAACACAGUUGGACAUCACAGAAUUUGACAACCUGCUGCAACCCAUUAUAGACACCUGCACCAAAGAUGCCAUCUCGGCUGGUAAGAACUGGAUGUUCAACAAUGCCAAAACCUCACAGCACUGUGAACUGAUGACAUCGCAUCUUCGCAACCGCAUCACUGCUGAUACAGCGCAUUUUGAGCUGCGCCUACACCUUAUCUACUUAACUAAUGAUGUUCUUCAUCACUGCCAGCGGAAGCAGCAGAAGGAUUUGUUGGCAGCGCUGCAGAAAGUUGUUGUUCCAAUCUACUGCACCAGCUUUCUAGCUGUAGAGGAAGAGAAGCAGCAGAAAAUCACCAGGUUGUUGCAGCUUUGGGAGAAGAAUGGAUAUUUUGAUGAGGAGACCAUUCAGCAGCUCCAGAAUCCAGCACUGGGCCUUGGUCAGUACCAGGCGUCCCUGAUAACAGAGUAUGCUGCAGUGGUGCAGCCAAUCCAGUUGGCCUUCCAGCAGCAGAUCCAGUCUUUGAAGACCCAGCACGAUGAGUUUGUUGCUAGUCUAAAACAGCAGCAACAACAGCCACAGCCUCAGUCUGCCUCUGUAGGACAGCUUGCUGCUCCCACUGAACCUGAAAAGCCCCCCCCUUUGACUACACAAGCUGGAGAUGUAAAGCCUCCCAUGUCGGGUCCUUCACCUGGGGAGUUUGAUGGCGCUUCAUCUAGACCGUCAGACCCAAGCAACCCCAGUGGUCCUUCAGAUAUACCCCCCAGCAAGCCUGCCUGGUAUGAUCCCCAGCAUAUGGGCCCCUGGAACCCAAACCAGCCGCCUCCUUUUGACCCAAACCAGCCUCCACCACCUUGUCCUCCUUGGAACAGCCAUGAGGGGAUGUGGAAUGAUCAGAGGGACCCAGGGAACUGGAGUGGAGGUCCUCCUAGAGAAGGAGGCCCUUGGAGUGGUCCAGGUGGAUCUGAGCCUGGCCCUCCAUCUUGGAACUCCUAUGACCAGCAACCACCAUGGGGGAAUCAGCCGGACCAGCCUCCUUGGGGUCAGAGGGAGCCCCCAUUUCCUCCACGCAUGCAGAGACCUCCCCAUUUCAGAGGACCUUUCCCUCCUCAUCAGCAGCCACCUCCUUUCAACCAGCCCCCUCCACCCCCACACAGUUUUGGACGUUUUCCCCCUCGCUUUAUGCAGGAAGAAUUUCCUCCCAGGCAUCACUAUGACAGGCCACCCUACACACCACAUCGAUUUGACUAUGCUCAAGGGGAAUUUCCUGGAGACAUGCCAGGUCCUCCUCCCCACCACCACCCCAAUCAAAGGCUCCCUCCACCGGGUAUGGGAGCUGAUCAUCCUCCCUGGGGUGGAGGCCAGCAUCCAGAUUUUGGCCCACCUCCACAUGGCUUUAAUGGCCAUUCCCCUCACAUGCGUCAUCGCCAGCAUCCAGUUCAAGAUGACCCCAGUCUGGUGCCGAACGUACCCUACUUUGACCUUCCAGCUGGUCUCAUGGCUCCGCUUGUUAAACUUGAGGACUGUGACUAUAAACCUCUGGACCCUAAGGACAUUCGGCUACCUCCUCCCAUGCCACCAAGUGAUCGUCUGCUAGCUGCCGUGGAAGCCUUCUACAGCCCUCCAUCCCACGAUCGGCCUAGGAACAGUGAAGGUUGGGAGCAGAAUGGCUUGUAUGAAUUCUUCAGGGCCAAGAUGAGAGCCAGAAGGAAAAAGGAUCAGGAGAAACGCAACAGUGGUCGUGGAGACAGCCGCUCCAGGAGUCACUCUCACAGCCGAGGGAGGUCUUCAUCUCGGUCCAGCUCUCACUCCUCAAAGUCUUCCAGGUCACGGUCCCGUUCAUCUCACUCUCGCAGCCGCUCUCGCUCCUAUUCACGAUCCAGGUCCAGGAGUCGGUCCAGGUCAUCUCGAAGUCACUCUCGCUCUAGAUCUCGAUCCCGCUCACAUUCACCCAACAAGCGACGCCGUGGCCCAAAAUCACGGAGCUCCUCCCCUCCUUCCACAGCAGUGCUGGGCACAUCUUCUUCAAAACUGUCUGCAGAUACCAGGUUAGGGGAGGAGAACAAAGGCCAUCAGCUAUUGAUGAAAAUGGGUUGGAGUGGGUCAGGAGGCUUGGGGGCCAAAGAACAGGGCAUCCAGGACCCCAUUAAAGGAGGAGAUGUCAGGGAUAAAUGGGACCAGUACAAAGGUGUGGGGGUCUCACUCGAUGACCCUUACGAGAACUAUCGUAGGAACAAAAGCUACAACUUUGUUGCUCGCAUGAAGGCAAGAGAGGAAGUCAAUCGGGAACCCCAGGAGGCCCCAUCAACUGACUAACUGCAGUCAAAUAGUGUGAAACAACGUGCUCAUUCUCACCACUUCCACCACAGAUCUGAAUUUCUUUUGUUGGUUUUCCACCCAGAAUUUGUCCCAGAGAACCCUACGCAUUUUGUGAGGCCUGUGUAAAAGUGUAAAGCAGAAAGCAGAAGACGGGCACAUGUGACAGUCAGCACUAACAUUAGAAACAUCACAUAACUCGGCUAAAAAGUUUUAUUUAGCAGGGACCCUAGAGCUACAGUCUGUUUAACUAAAUGGAUCAUAGCACUUAAUUGUAUUUCACUUCCAGUGCUUCAUAUAUUACUUUUUGAAUAAUUUCUCUGAAGCGUCUCAGGCAUUCAUGAUCUUAGAAGCUGACAGCAGGUGGCUCAGUCAGCCUGUACCUCAGCAUUUAAGAAUUGGGACAGAAUAUGAGAAAGUCAAUAUCCUGUUGAAGUCUGUUAAAGUAGUAGUUUUCAAAAUGAGUGGACACAUCAAUUAAUGUGCACAUGUACGCCUGCAUUUUUAAAAUGUUUUUUUCAUUUGCAGUGGAUUUUGAAAAUGAUUCUUUCCUAAAUCUCAACAGCAAUGCUUUUUUUUCUCAGAAAUUAUUCCACAUCUUAUUGUGAAGGAAUAAACAACAAUAAACAAAACUGGGAGAUGAUGGGUUCCGCAAAUAAAAUUCUAAUGUGGCUAGUUCUCUAGGAGUAAAAUGGAAAUUUUGUCAUGUGUGUGAACUGAGCCUUAAAGGUGAAAGUGGAAUAAAGGUGUGAUUGCCCUUUUGAAUCCUGCUGGUUUUUAAACAGCUGUUUAUUGUGACACUUUUUUUCCCCCAUGUAAUAACUUCUGUUGAGAUGUCAGUCAUUUAGUUGUAGAAUUAAAAUGCAGCUCAGAAAAGUUGUCAACAAGAAUUUAGAGACAUAACCUAAAUAAAAAAUUCUGAUAACUCA